UCGUAAGAGAGGAACUGGAUGGUAACGUUAAUUAACUGUGAAGGGUUCUGAAAUAAUUUCAUCAAGACCAUGUCGAGUCGUCGGACAACAAGAAGUAACCUCUCCCUGUCGACCAUAGACGAAAGGCCGAAGUCCACCUCUUCAAAUACCAGUGGGAAGAAAGACCAAGCUGCCUCUAUCGCAGCCAGAGCAGGAGGGGCAGAUUCCAAGCGACCAAAGUUUGUCAUCUGGCCUGAGUGGAAUGACUCAGAUGUCAAUGGAGAAAAGUGGGAGGCUGCACGGAAAGAUGACAAGAAAGGGAAAUCUCCUACAGCGGCACAACAUCUCUUUGAUGACCCGGACGGUAAAAUUGAAAUGCCGCCAUCACUCAAAGUGGAUCAUUGGAAGAGACCACACGAGUUCAUUGCCGAUAAGAUAUUGACCGUUGUUGAUCAGGAACAGAUUGCCAAUGGAUUUGAUCUCAUAUCGCCAAAUGAGCAUUUGCACGAGAGUGAAUUAAUGCGCUACAUAAUCAGCCAGAUUUCUGCACUGUGGGAGAUGAGCGCCGUGAAGACGCCGGAUCCUGGCAGCAUGAUGGCUGGAGAUGAUGACAGUCACAGCUGGAAGCCAUGGGAGCACAUCUAUGCUCUGUGCAAGGCUGGGAAGGGUCCACACAUGCCGCUGUAUAACUCUCACGGGAAAUAUGUCGUCAGAUUGUACUGGAUGGGUUGCUGGAGGAAGAUCUAUGUGGAUGACAGUCUACCAUUUGACAGUGAGGAACGUCUGUUGCUGCCAGCAACCACUCUACAGGAGGAGCUCUGGCCAAUGUUGCUAGCCAAAGCAUUGAUCAAAGUUGCUUCUCUUGAUUACACCGGUGGCAGCAACAGCUGUGAGUUUGGAGACUUCAGCGUUGUCCACUGUUUGAAUGGCUGGCUUCCCGAGACCAUCCCACUACAAUAUGGUCACAUGAGUGAGGUGUGGGAUCUGCUUCGUGUUGCACUGCCGGAGUGGAAGCUGCCGGAACAGGACUGGGAAAAAGAAGCCACCCAGGAGACCAUCAAGAAAGACCCUACUACACCAGUAGAGGCCCAGAAGGAUGAAAAGUCAGAGAAGGAUGCUGUCACGAAGGAGGUGAAGCCCGAGGCCAAGGAGAAAUCGGGGGAAAAGGGAAGCAGCAAGGAAAAACCUGCCAAAGAUGGCAAGGACAAAGAUAAAGGCAAGGACGGCAAAGAGGACAAAAAGGACAAGAAGGACAAAGGGGACAAGGACAAAUCAGACAAGGACAAGGACAAACAUAAGGAGAAAUCAGAAGAGUCGGUGAUCCCGGAUAACCCAGAGGUCAUCGUGUUCGCUUCCUACUGCAGUACGCCUAAAUACCCUGUCAAAGUCUCAGUCUUGGGGGAAAUGGCUGAUGCAAGUGAAAGGUUACGUCAGACUGGGUUGUCCCACCUGUACCCCCACCCUGUGUGGAUCACACAGACCCGUGCCUGUCCCCUCGAACCCCCACCCCCUCCAGAGAAGAUAGCAGCCUGGAAACUCAUCCGGCCACGCAAAAAGAAGACCACACCAUCAGAUGAACCCAUUGCUGAACCGGAGCCCCCGAAACCGAUCCAGUGUGUGGAGAUCACAUCUCCCUUUGUCAACUACAAAGUCAGCCCUGUUCCUAUCCCUACAGAUACGCACCGACCCCGCUCCUCCCUGGAACGAGGUGGCACCCGGUCACGCCCCAACACGGGGAACGUCGGGUCAAUUGAGGAGACGGAUGAGACAACUCAGGAGCUGGAGUUGACGGCGGAGGAGAAGAAGGACGAGGAGUUGCUGGAGUCCUUCAUUGUGGAGGACACCUCCAAGUCUGACGAACAUCUUGAUGGGAAGAGCUCGCCAACCAAACCUGGCUCCCCAAAGAAGAAGACCAGCUCUGCCAAGAAGGAAAGCAGGGACACAAGCAGAGAGCAAUCUCCCAAGCUAUUGGACAGGAAGGGCAGUAGAUCGUCCAACGUAUCUGGAAAGCCAGAGAGGGCUAAGAGUGCAUCUCGCUCUGACUCCCGCCAGUCCAGGAAAGAUGUAGAUGAGGAAGGAAAGAAGAAAGACAAAGCAGUACCAUCUGAGGUGAAACCAGCUCAAACGCCGGCACCACCAGCCAAAGCUCCAACCCAGCAGCAGGAUUCGGUGACCGGAGAACAGGCAUUGGAGGAAUCGGUGGGGCUGGAAGCAGGGGAGGAGCAGAUGGUGGAGGUGGAGUUGACGGACAUCGGGUCUGAGGACAGUGCCCCGAAACCCAAGAAGCUGUGGGUGGACUUUGACCAGUUCUGCAGAUGCUUCAAAACAUUGUACAUUUAUCACAAGCCAAAUACAUAUCCAUGCAAUCAAAAGUAUUCCGACUUAAAGAGACUGGAGGCCUAUGUUGCCGCUCAGAAUGUGUCUCCCCAGGGUGCUCCAACUACUGGGGGCAAAGCCGACAAGAAACCUGCCCCUGCUGCCGCCGGGGUAAAUCCCUCCGCCUCCAAGACCUCUCAAACUCCCACCCACACCCAAAAUGCACCCUCCCCCACUAAUGCUCAGGGAACAUCCAGCCCUGAUGACCGGUCACCUCACUACUUGUUUGUUGACAAUUUGGAGGCCACAGAUAUAGUGGUGUCAUUCUCGGCCCUGCCCCGGUGGUUUGAUCCCCCACUACCCCCCAUGGAUGAAAAGAAGUCCCACACUAGCGUGAAGGGAGGGAAAGACCGGGACAUGGAGAAAGAGCCCACGGGUCUCACCAGCAGUAGCAUACUUGAUGGGUCAAUCAGUCCGGAGAAGCCAUCCUCACCAGUUCCAGUUCAUCCUGGUACCCUGGUCGCAGAACCAUAUUCCUGGAAGAGUCUGGUUACUGGGCAACCGAUUCUGAGACUCCGGACGACUGCCAGCCGAGCAGCAGUGCUGAGUCUUCCAGCUGGGCGUCACGUUCUACGCUUUAUGAUGACCGGACCACUAGGCUACCAUGUCCACUUAUGUUCCGCCACACAGUUUGUGUUUGGAGACGAGGAGACAGUGAUGUCACAGCUCACCAACGAAAGUUGUCGUUUCCGUGACAACGCAGUACAAGUAAUCACAAAUCUUGGCAAAUGCAUCAACAACCUGGGUGACACGGAGAUGUUCCGACAGGCAUGGGAGGAGCUUGUCAGCAGUCACUGUCCGUACCGCAACGACAAGCUCCUGUCAAAGACUCGCCACUUCCAGGUGUUUAAUGAGUCUCUAUACAGCAUGCUGAAGAGAGCACUGAAAGACGUUAUCUCCUCUGAUAUGGCAUUUGCGUGGAGGGUUCUCAAUUAUGAUGCCACAUCUCCCAACAUCCUGGGUCUUACCGUGGGAAGUCGACCAGGUGCCUCUGAAGAACUGGUUCCCAACACAACCUUGAAACCCACUGGUACGACUAGUCACCGGGGUUCAGCAAAACCCGGAAAUAAGGGAAAGCAGGCCCCUCCGGAGGGUGAACCAGAGAAAGUGGAGAACACGUGGGCUAACAGAGAGCCAACCCCCGAUGAACAUGUGGCAGCAGUGAAGCUUCAGAAGGCUCACCGAGGUGCCUGGGUCCGCAAGAUGAAGGCUGCUCGCACACCAGGAACUGACGAGAACUUGAAAGCUAUCGAAGAUCUUCAGAAAUCCUGGUCAAUCUUGGAGUCCAAUGCCGAAGACAAUGGACUUUAUCUGUUCAGGGAGAUGUUCAAGAGGGACCCAGACAUCAUGCCCAAAUAUCCGUUCUACAAGGACGAGUGGAACAAGAUAUCCUAUGCUGAUUACAGGGGGGUGUACCCUGACCAGCCUCCCAACACCUGGUUCACAGUCUUCAGGGAAGUGUUUUACGUGAGGGAAGAGAUGUUGGCUGUUCCCAAGCUGUAUGUCCCCAUCAACACGUGUAUGCUGAGGGUCGUCAACAAUGACACCGGGGAGGAGAUACCUCGAGUCUUCCAGAAGGUGGCACCGUACGUCUACAAGAAAAACAGGAAGGGCUACACAUUCGUAGCUGAGGCCCGGACUCUGGACCAGGGGAUGAUGAGUGGGAGCUGGAGGAUGCGUCUGAUCGGUUCCCUCAGUCCCCUCCCUUCCCCCCGCAACCAGGAGGUCAACAGCUCCUUCACUGUUAAAGAAAUCCGCGACUACUACCUGCCAAAUGCCAAACAUACCAUAUUCAGGUACACUGUAAAGGUGACAGAGGACCAUCUGGGCAGCCUACAGGUCAACACUUCCAAACUUGAUGUCUAUAUCAAGCUGUCAGUCCUUGACCACACAGAAGAGGUCAUCAGCGCAGUGGGCAAAGGUCACAUCGUCAUCCCAGCGUACAUCUUCCAGAAGGACUACAACCCUGAGGAACAAGAAGCUAAGAGGUCCAGCUCUCGAAGCUCUAACCGUGGCGGUAAGGGAGGAACCAGCACACAAAACAUGGCCGGGAAGGGGAAGCGAGGAGAGUCAGCCCGGAGUGCUGAUGGGAGGAACUCGAGAAGCAGUCAGCAUUCUGAAGCUGGAAUCAGUGAUUUGGAGCCAGAAGAAAAGGACACGAAGCCUCACAAGUACAUAGUCCAGGCCACAGUGCUGAAGAACAGCUGGCCCCUGACGGAGGGGGAGUGGGGCUUUGUGCAGACUCUCAAGGAACAGGAGAAGAAUGAACUGAAAGUGUCCUACAAGGAGCGUCCCCCCUCACCCCCCAAGGAAAAGGCCCCUGCAGCUGCCACCCAGAAGGGCAAGCAGAGCAAGGGGAGCAAGGCUGACAAGGGCAGCAAGGAGAAGGACAAGGACAACAAGGGGUCACGACCUCCGUCACAGCAGUUCGACAUGACCAAGCCGUUCUGGACAUUCAGGAUUGUCAGUGAUGCCAGCGCAGCUGAGGACAUAGAGACAAGAAAGGACACAGAGAGGGCGGAUGAGAUCCGAGCGUUGAAGAAGGCAUGGGAAGAUGCAGAGCCCGGUAGAGCUGUCAAGGCCAUGCAGUCCCGCCUGAAGUAUCUCAGCACCCACAUGAUCCGAGUACAGCCAGAGGGUGGGGAUGAAGCCAAGGAGGAGAGCCCAUCCACAGAGGAGGGUCAGCCAGGGGAGGAGGCCCCACUCACAUCCCGUGAAACCCCCAUCUCCUUCCUGGACCAGCCGGAGGGGGAGUUGUCUCUGGAGCCACCACCCCCACCCACACCGAAAGAAAUCCUGCAGCCGCUAGAUCUAACCCCAUUCAUAAAGAAAACGACGGACAGUCCUCAGUAUUUGGAUGAGAAUGAGAUGCAGCGACGUCUGGAAGAGAGACAGAAGGAGAUCUUGGAAUACAAGCAGUUCCGUGAAUGUGUCGAGAAAUGGAGAGAGGAAGAUCGCCAAAGUCGCAACUUGACAAAAAUCCGGCAGCUUGAUCAGGCCGAGGAGCUACAGGCGGCACUUGAUGCAGCAAGAGAUGCAGUGAACGCUCCACGGGAAGUGUUCCGACAGAAGUACUUGGAAGCAGAACGCAAGCGCCUUGAGGAGUUGGCAGCUCAAGAAGCAGCCUCCAGGGCAGAGCAAGAAGCCAAAUCUCCAAAAGGAAGGAAGAGUGCUAAAGGAAAGAAAAGUCCUGCAGGGAAAAAGAAGAAAUAAAUGAUAAAGUGAUGUUCAAAAUCUCUUUUGUAAUUCAAACUCAUAAUUUAUUUGGAAAUCAUUGUUUCAUUUGGAAAUAUAUUUUUCAGUGUUUUUUUACAGAUCCAUGUCUAGGCUGAACAUCUUUGUUUAUAGGUCCUUCAUUAUUAGUGAAACACUUACAAAAGAUAACUUUAUUGCUUACAGAUGUUUUACAAUAAGCACAGACAGAGCACCUGCAAUAGUAGUGUUAAUAUUUUUCAUCUGUACAUGAUGACAAUAAUCUUAUUUUAGGGGAGGUAUUGAGAAUAUGGCCUGAAAUGAGAAAUAUCAUCCGAUCCUCAGAGCUAAAUGAUUUGCCUUGUUUAUCUGAAAACUGAUUUUUAAAUUUGUGCUUGACAUUGUUAAAUAAACACUCAGUCUUAGCUGUUUCUGAAUUUCUGCACGAGAGUUACUAUGGUACCUCCCUAUGUUAUGAAUUGUGUUUCUUCAAGACAGAAAUAUUUUAUUGCCUGCCAUCAUGCAUAAUCAUAACUAUUAUGAAAGGGUAUACGAUAAUCAAUAUCAUUCUUCUUUUUAAUGUUUUCCCUCCAAAAACUUCUAUUUUAUACUAAAGUAUAUUUGGAAUAAUUACUUUUUAUAUUUCUGGAAUGAAUAUUGAUAUUCUUUUAUUAGUUUCAAAUCACAAUAAAUUUAUUGUAUAUGCAAAAAUAUACUUGACUGUAAUAUUUUUUAAUCUAAAAUUCAAUAUUGCCUAAGUGCUGUUACUGAUGCUACCUUUGAUUGAAUGAAGAGAGACGUAUCUCUUGUAUUAUCUGUGAUAUCGAUGUGAAUGUGAUUGAUGUGUACAUACCUAUAUAUCAAUAUAUAUUUACUUCAGUACAUGCCUCGCAUACAUUCCACCUUGUAUCAUACAAUCAAGCUGUUGUACUUGUGUUGUGCAUUAGUAAUCUAUAUUUAUACCAUUUUGCAAAAUGAAUCAAGAACACUUUUUUAUGAAUUUCAACCUGUUAUGUGCACUUUAAGAUCUUUCAUGCAGUUUCUACUCUCACAUUAACCGUUUCGUUAUCUCAUGUUUAUCAGAUACCGUUUUACAAAUAAUUGAAAACAAAUCUUUCAAUAAUUUUGUCUCAAUUUUUUCAAAAAUUAAACUAAUAAAAUUAUCAAUCAAGGUGACUUACUUUACACUGGCAUGAAAAUUGAUUCCUAAUUAUCUAAUAUUUCAAUUUCAAUUAUAUUGUCAGAGAAAAGCAAAUGUAUAAAAGAUGUUAUUUUGCAAAUUAUAUUUUUAUCUGCCUUGUCAGAUAUAAGACCUGUUGGCCCAAUAUUACUUACAAUUGUAAAUAUAUAUAUGUACAUAUGAAAUGAACGUGUGUGUGUGUUAUAUUGCAUAUACAAAGCUUACACAUUUAUCCUGUGUUAUUGGUCCACAUGCAUUUCAUCACAUAUCACUCAAGCUUUGGAAAUCAACACCUCAGUCUUAUGUUGAAUAUAGUUUUUGAAAUCAGAAGGAAUAUGUCCGCAUUGAUUAAGUUUGUUUCCCGUACUGUAUGUAAAGAGUUUGGGAUAUAUCGGUCCGUUUUGCACUUUUAUUAAUUAACAAGUAUAUAUUUCAGCAAUAACAGAACGGCAAAUAAUUCUCAAGUAAAGUAAUCUUGUAUUGGGAAGCAAUAAAUGAAGGUAAUUUUAAAGAAAAACUUGUGUGAAUGAAACUAGUCCUCUCAAGGUCAAGCUUUAUGAUUUCAGCCUCAGCCAAUCAAAUUACAGAAAGGCGUUAUGAAACACGCAUCAUGAUGUGUUAUGUAACCCGUUUUUGAAGUAAAAUGUUCGUAAUAAAACAAAUUUAGAAUGUCUAAGGAAUUUUGUCCCUUUUCGACAUAUAUAUAAUCACAACAUCAAAGGAAAACAUAUUUCUUUCGGUAAUAAUUAAAUAUUACUUGGGUCACUUAGGCUCUUUUCACGGUCAGUUUGUAUUAUUUAUGCCAUCAACACAGGGAGUAGAUGAAAGCUUGCCAUGUGACCUGGAUACCGCCAAAACAACCUUAGUGCUAAGAUUACCUUAAGUCUAUGUUAAGGUAUGGGAGUUUAGCACUAAGAUCGCUCUGUACAACGGCACACAGGGCUAAUGUACCAUGAGUGGUGUGAGUUGACAUUUCUUCAGGAAGCUUAUGGUAUGAUCACAGUUUCAGUUAAGCAAAACCAUUCAUUAUUUUCUUGAAAAACCUCACUCCAAGAGCAAUAAUACAUUACACAAUGCUAAGUACUGAAUUCCUAAAUAUGGAAAUAUGUUCCAGAAUGUAUGGAAAUGGAGUGGACAGAUAACAGUGUUGUCAGUUUGUGUUGGUGUCAAAAUACUGUUGUAGAUUUAGGGACAGUGAUGUAGUGCCUUUUUAAUUCUUUUCAACAUUUUGUGACCUUAUCGAAACCGAUCCAAUUUCCCUUGUAACAGCAAGGCGAACGCCCUUAGCCUAUGUCUAUCCGUCCCAGAUGAACUGUAUCAAACCAAUCCGUCCCAAAUCCAAUGAUUGGACGUUCAGUGAAAAAUGACGUCAGUUGAUUGGCCCUUCAUUUCCGUCCUGUAUAAAGAUGGCCACUGAAGGCCUAUUCUCGCAAGUGUCAGUGGCGUUGUUGUGAUAAGUGUUGUUAUGCAAAUUCCUUGCAACAUUCCUGUGUUGAUUCCUUACAUGGCAGUUAUUUCACACGUGUGGCCUUACUCACUGUAUAAUAAGUUGUCAUUAGAAGCACUGUAUAUAGAAUUUUCACUCCACCCUCGUCAGCUGCUUUGUGUACUUCACGUGACACCGCACAUGUGUGAACGAUGUAUAUUUGGACAUUCAGUAAACCUGUUCAAACACA